AGUGGAGUGGGAGGGCCACUUCGGUGCAACUAAUAAGGAGCUCGAUCGGCAGGCGAUCCCACUCUGACUUUUAUUUCCAAGUCCUCAAAACCGGAGUCGGACUGAUCGUUAUCUCACAUGGAUUAUGCUCGUCUGGCUGCCUUUUAUUCCUUAGUGCCUUAGAGGAAACUUUCCCUGCUCCUGUUUUCAAGAAAGCAGCCUUCCAGUGUCAGAGCCAUGAUUGGCCUGCUAAGAUGGACGGCUUUCCUUUGGACUGUACGCUUAACUCCUUGUACGUUUGGAAUGGCAGUGAAUGAACGAACAGAUGGUUCAUGUUCACGACUCAAUUUAGAGGAACACAGGUUUUCUGAUAUCUUAGAUCAUCCUCUGGAGAUCACAGGAUUUGAUCUCACAGAGAAGUUUCUUCUGAGAAAAGGGACAGUCUCAGAAGACCUGCCUUCAUUUCGGCUGGGAAGCAGCCCACUUAUCAAGCCGACCAAGCAAAUAUUCCCAUCUGGCCUUCCGAGUGAAUACUCCCUGGUCACCAUCUUCCGUGUAAGAAGAACUACAAAAAAAGACCGCUGGUAUCUUUGGCAGAUAUUCGACCAGGCUGGAGACACUCAGGUGUCAGUUGUGGUUGAUGGCGGCAAGAAGUCGGUGGAGUUCUCUUCGCGGGGCCUGCUGAACAAUGUGCUUCGCUACACGUUUAAAAGCCGUGACCUACACGUACUCUUUGAUCGCCAGUGGCACAAGCUGAGCUUUUCUAUCCAGAGCAACAUCGUCUCUGUUUACAUGGACUGCAAGCUCGUAGAACGGCGGCUGACCGAAGAAAGGGAAGCCAUUGACCCCGUUGGUCGCACACUCAUCACGACCAGAAUAGAGGACGGACGGCCUGUGGAUGUCGAAGUGAGACAAAUUCUCAUCUACUGCGACCCUUAUAUGGUUGAGAUGGAAACAUGCUGUGAGAUACCGGAACAAAAGUGUGAAGACAAGAAGACGUUUAAUGGCACCUCCCCUCUCCCGGUCCCUGCUCAGCUCCCACAGAUGCUGUCUCAGCCAUCAAUUGACAGAUGCCACUGUCCGGCUGAAAAGGGCGAACCAGGAGAGGCUGGCAUUCAUGGAAGCCCAGGUCAAAAGGGAGAAGUCGGAUCAGAAGGACAGAAAGGGAUGGAUGGGGAAAAGGGACCGACAGGUGACCCAGGGGCAGUUGGUCCCAAGGGAGAAAAAGGCGAUGUUGGACUCACCGGAGCUCCAGGGCUUCCUGCUGACAAGGAAUGUCUCAAAGGAGAUCAGGGAUUCCGGGGUGACAAAGGAGAACAGGGACUGGAUGGACUGUCAGGCCAGCCGGGGGCAGCAGGCAAGGAGGGCAAAAGGAGGCCUUCUACUGGAGGCAUCCUGGAGGCAUCUGGCUCCUCUCAAUGUGGAGAAGCAGCGGUUCUAAUCAGAGUUUCGUCCGGGCCUCCUACUGCUCAGGAUGCCCCCCCGGACACCUCUCCAGAGAGGUGUUCAGGGGGCAUCCUGACCUCAUCUGGCUCCUCUCAAUGA